GUCAAACGUCCAGUAAGCUGCAGCGCCAUUUUCGCCAUGUGAAAGCCGCACUUCUACUCGCAAGAGCCUCCACUUCUCUAUUUCUCUUUCUCUCGCCGAUCACCCCUCUCCGCCUAAACAAUGUCGACCGCCGCUGCUCGCACAUCCUUCAGAAUGGCGUCCCGCCCGCAACAGCGCCUCGCUAGCAUACAAAGACAGUUUAGCACAUCGAGCCCGCAGAGGAGGGAGAUCCGGGAUGCCUAUAUUAUUAGUGGGAGUCGGACGCCUUCCGGAAUGUUCAAUGGCGCGUUCACGACCGUGCCCGCGACCCAGCUCGGCGCCACGGCCAUCAAGUCCGCCCUCGAGAAGUCUAAAGUGCCAAUCUCCUCGAUAGAUGCCGUGUACAUGGGAAACGUGCUCAGUGCAGGUGUGGGUCAAGCGCCAGCCCGACAGGCUGCCAUAUUCGCCGGUCUGCCUACCACCAUCGAAGCUACCACCAUCAACAAGGUGUGCGCCUCAGGUCUCAAGGCGGUGAGCAUCGCUGCUCAGGAUAUCGAGCUUGGCAAGGCCGAAGCACAAGUCGCAGGAGGCUUCGAGAACAUGACGCGGGUGCCAUACUACCUCAACCGAGCAAGCCAGCAACCACCCUUCGGACACCAGCAGCUGCAGGACGGCCUGAUUGGUGAUGGACUGUGGGAUGUAUACAACCAGAUCCACAUGGGCAACUGCGCAGAGAACACAGCCAAGAAGUACGAGAUCUCGCGACAAGAACAGGACGAUUUUGCUAUCCUGACAUACAAGCGCGCACAGGAGGCGUGGAAAGCAGGGCUUUUCAAGGAUGAGGUUGCACCCGUUACAGUCAAGUCAAAGAAGGGCGAGGUCAUAGUCUCCGAGGAUGAGGGUUACAAUAAGCUCAAACUGGAGAAGGUGCCGACACUGAAGCCAGCAUUUGUUAAAGGCCCGGAUGGCACAGUGACCGCCGCCAACAGCUCAUCCUUCAGCGACGGCGCAUCGGCACUAGUGCUGGGGAGCAAGGAGAUUGCACAGCAGUACGGCAAGGACAGUCGGGUCCUUGCAAAGAUCAUCACGUACGCUGAUGCUGCUCAAGACCCCAUCGACUUCCCCAUCGCACCCUCCGCCGUUGUCGAAAAGCUCUUCAAGCAAUCCGGUCUCUCAAAAUCCGACAUCGCCGUCUGGGAAUUCAACGAAGCCUUUGCCGCCGUCAUCAAGGCCAAUGCCAAGAUCCUCGGUCUAGGCACCGAGAACGUUAACCCAAGAGGCGGCGCCAUUGCGCUAGGACACGCGCUUGGUAGCUCUGGCAGUAGGAUAUUGGUGACACUACUACAUCAGCUAGAAGUCGGGCAGUACGGCGCUGCUGCUAUUUGCAAUGGUGGAGGCGCGGCGACAGGCAUGAUUGUGCAGAGAAUCUCGCCUAGCGAUCUAUGAUGGUAAUCUAUGAUGGUAAGCAUCCCUAAUCUGAAAAGAUGUUUGAAUAGUUAGGGGAAUUGUACUGUUACAUAAGCCAUGCAAGAGCUUGAAGUUCCCUCCUCGACCUGCCUUCCUGUACCAUCGUCACAAGCAUUACAUCACCAACAGCGCCGCCAAAGACCCCAGGGAAGCAAAAAUAUAUAUCGACGUGGACCAGAUUCGAACUGGCGCUCCCGAAGGAACAAGAUUUCAAGUCUUGCGCGAUAACCAACUCCGCCACCACGCCUCCUGAUAGAUGAGAUAUCAUUCUUUGCCGAUAGUUUACCCUAUAUGUUCAGUCAUCAGUUGCGGGGAGAGGGCGGGAAAGGUGCAGGGGGAUAAGUGAGGUGGGGAGGUCUGGCGGGUGCGUACAGUGUUGGGGCGGCCAGGUGCAUGAGAUGUGUUACUGUGACGUGACGAAGCGGGGAAGGAAGUAGAUUGAGCUUUUACUAGGCUGUCC